GUAAAUACUAAAUACAAAACAGAGAGAAUUGAAAAUUCUUCUAAAAUAAAAAGAGACGCCCGUAAGAGCUUCCUCGUCGCCGGCCGUCCACCGUCGGUCUUGGCCAGUCUCAAUCCCGAGGCUUUUGAACUCGGCGAUCAUAAACCGAAUAGUACAGGGAGUUGGAGUUCAUCCUUUUGAAGCCGUCCUGCCGGUUAUUUCUCUCUUCCUCUUGCCACCGCCAUCGAACAAUUUCAGCUGCAAUUGGCCAUUGUCUUUAAAACCUAGGUAUUCUACUCUGUUCAGCCUGAUUAAAGAUAAUUUCUGAAUUUUUGGAAUUGCGUAGGGUGUUCAAUCUUACUUGUAUGAGAGACUGAAGCUCUUCAAGUAGUAUCUGAGAUAUCUGUUUCGCUUUCUAAAGUUGCAGUGAAUUAGGGUUCUUUGAAGUGAUAACUCGGUAAAGUUAUACGAGGGGCGAGGGAAGAUGAGCAGCUCCGGUGCUGCAGGGCAAUCGUCAAAACCUGCCAAGGCUGGUUCCUCACAGCCUUCAGAAACAUCUGUUAAGAGGAAACGAGGAAUGUUUCAGAAAGAUUUACAGCACAUGAUGUAUGGGUUUGGAGAUGAUCCUAAUUUUGUUUUUUCUUUGAUUUUAAUUCAUUUGCUUUAUUUUUUCCUUUGUAAUCAGCCGAUUCCUGAAAGUGUGGCACUUGUGGAAGACAUUGUUGUAGAGUAUGUCACCGAUAUGGUACAUAAAGCACAAGAUAUAGGAUCCAAGAGAGGCAAAAUAUCAAUUGAGGAUUUCCUCUACUUGAUUCGCAAGGACACACCGAAGCUCAACCGGUGUACAGAACUGCUAUCCAUGCAAGAAGAGCUGAAGCAAGCUAGGAAAGCUUUUGACGUGGAUGAGGAGAAACUGGCUUCAAUGGAGUGAUAUCGAAGGGCUGGAAAAUUGCAGUUGUCUUGCGUGUAAUUGAAGUAAAGAUGUGUAGUGACUUUUAUUGAAGGAAAUAACUCAAUACUUGCUUGUAGAUAAAGAUUCUAUUUUAUGAGUUUUCUCUGGCGGAGUAGUCCACUUGUCUCAGUCAAAGGGCAAAAAGGCAGAAUCUCAUCUUGCAGUUUCCACAUCCAAAGUGUUGUUUUGUUCCACGAGAAGAAAUCAUUCAACCUUUUUUUACUCCUUCCAACUUGUUUUCUUUUGUGCCCACAAUUGGUGGCUGAUGGCUUUUUGGUCAAUGUAAGUAACAGGUUUUGUUACACAAACUGGCCAGAGGAACCCGAUAUGAGAUAGUAGUUAAUACCGG